CGGAAACACGUAUAGCAGCUGGUGACUGUUGCCCAACCGGCUGCAAGAUGAGGUGAAGCAAUCGGGCUGCCCAAGGAGGAGCCAUGCACUACCAAGCCGUUCACCCCGAGGCACCAUCAGGUCACUGUUCUAUGUAAGAAAAAUUACAGACUACAAAUAUGGGAAAGAAACGCAUCAAAGGCAAACCUGCACAGUCUGAUGAGUCUGCAGAUACGCUGGAACCUGUGUGCAAGCAUAUUCGUAAAGGAUUAGAACAAGGUCAUCUGAAAAAGGCGCUACUGAAUGUGGAAUGGCAUGUUUGUCAGGACUGCAAGGCAGAUAAUAAGACACAAGAGAAGUCUGAAGAGGAGACCAGUGAAAGCCCUUCAAUAUGGUUAUGUCUAAAAUGUGGCCAUAGGGGCUGUGGCAGAAAUUCUCAAGAACAGCAUGCUUUAAAGCAUUACGAAACGCCAAGAUCAGAUCCCCAUUGUUUGGUUCUCAGUUUGGACAACUGGAGUGUGUGGUGCUACAUAUGUGAUACUGAAGUUCCAUAUGGUACUUCAAGCCGAUUGGGCCAGACUGUGGAUUAUAUUAGAAAACAAGUUUGCACUGGCUCAUCACAUACAGUACAAAAGCAACAAGAGAACAAAGAUAUUGAAAAUAAAAAAGUAGAAAAGGACAGCAAAAAUGAGCAAGAAAAAGAAGUCUCGCUUAAAGAAGAGAAUUCUAAUUCAAGUACUAAUUCGGAAGUGACUGUGAAGGGACUUAGUAAUUUGGGGAAUACAUGUUUCUUUAAUGCAGUGAUGCAGAAUUUAUCACAAACUCCAGUCCUGAGGGAGCUGCUUAAAGAAGCUAAAAUGUCUGGCACAACAGUUAAAAUCGAGUCACCCGAGUUAUCCAUGGAACCUCAACUGAUAAAACUAGAUCAGCCAGGUCCUUUGACAUUAGCCAUGUAUCAAUUCCUGACAGAAAUGCAAGAGACAAAAAGAGGGGUCGUCACUCCUAAGGAACUUUUUGCUCAGGUUUGUAAAAAAGCAAUACGAUUUAAAGGUUAUCAGCAGCAAGACAGUCAUGAGUUGCUUCGUUACUUACUUGAUGGAAUGAGAUCAGAAGAAAUGCAACAAAUAAGUGUUGGAAUACUGAAGGCACUGACUGACUCUAACAAACAAAAUGAAGAAGAAAUUAAAAAGAAAAUUAAAGAAUAUGAAAAGAAAAAGGGAAUACAGAGUUUUGUGGAUCGGAUUUUUGGUGGAGAAUUAACCAGUACAAUUAUGUGUGAGGAAUGCAGAACUGUAUCCUUGGUCCAUGAGUCUUUCCUUGAUUUGUCGCUUCCUGUACUAGAUGAUCAGAAAGUAAAAAAUACCAAUGAGAGAAACAUUAAGAAAAACAAAGAAAAGGAAUCUGAGGAUGAAGAGAAUAAAAACGAUGACUGUUACCUUAAGCAGAGAGAUGAGCCCCCUGGUACAAGUAAGCACCUUCAGAAAAAAGUCAAGAAACAGGCCAAAAAACAAGCUAAGAGCCAACGCCGUCAACAAAAACUUCAAGGAAAAGUGCUUCACUUGACAGAUAUCUGUGCAACUGAACAGCCAGAAAAAGAUUUUGAACACAACCAAGAAUCAGAGGCAGAAAUUGACUCUGAAAUGCCUGAUAUGAAGCAAGAAGAGGAGUCAUCAAAUGAUUGCAAAGAUCACUGCUUAACUCAAAAAGACUUGAAUAUACAGGGAAAUAGUACAGAAGUUCAGAGCAUGCAUGAAAAUACAGGAAAGCCUGAACAAGAGUGUGUAGAAAAGGAGUCUCUCGGGGAUCUCCCUAUGGGAGACUUAGAUUGUCCUGGCAAAUUAGUUAAUGGACUUGACAAUAUAUCUUUGAAAGAUGAAGGUGAUGAAAAUAAUGACAAAGAGCUUGCUACUGACUUUUCAAAACUACAUUUGAGUGACAAUGCUGAACCUGAUAUGAGUACCUUAGAUGACCUUCAGUCUGUUCCCAUCAAGACAUGUGAAGUAUUGACUGAAGAUUCAGGGACAGCAUUUUGUACUCUUGCAAAUAGGGAAGAUCUGAAUCCAGAAGAAGGUUCAAUCCAUCACUGUUUGUAUCAGUUUACCCGUAAUGAAAAACUUACUGAGACCAAUAAACUACUCUGUGAUGUAUGUACACAAAGACAUUAUGGACCAAAGAAGAACAUAAAAAGUAUGACAAAUUAUCUUAUCUGCUGCUUGGGUGAAAAAUAUAUUUAUACUAAUGCCAAAAAGCAGAUGCUAAUCUCUCUUGCUCCUCCAGUUUUAACUCUUCACUUAAAAAGGUUUCAACAGGCUGGAUUUAAUCUCCGGAAGGUUAACAGGCAUAUCAAGUUCCCAGAAGUGAUAGACUUGGCUCCUUUCUGUACAGCUAAAUGUAAAAAUGUGGCUGAAGGGAACACAAAAGUAUUAUACUCUCUCUAUGGAGUUGUUGAGCACAGUGGAACAAUGAGGUCUGGGCACUAUACUGCAUAUGCUAAAAUGCGAAGUAUGAACAACCAUCUCUCUGAUCUUGUCCUUCGAGGACAACCUCCUCAAGCUUUAGAAACUGAACCAGUAAAAGGGCAGUGGUUCCACAUCAGUGACACCCACGUACAAGCUGUGUCUGCAUCAAAAGUUCUGAACUCUCAAGCCUAUCUUCUCUUCUAUGAGCGACUCCUUUAACUCAUUUGAGAAAUCUUAUAGGUGGUGAGAGGUGUUUAUCCUCAGGUGGUCUGAAAGAAGGAAAAGACUUGCAAAUCAUGGUCUUCACAUGGUGUAGCUACUGUAUACAACUGCAGAAAUACAGUUUAUGCUUCCUAAACACACUGACAAGGGGUUAACUUACACUUUUUCCAGUGUUUUCACUGCUUUUAAAUAAAGGCCUUUUACAAAAUUAGUGUUGAGUUUCUGUUGAGGGCAUUGGCACAGACAAGGAACCACUACUUUUAGUUUCCUGCAAGCGCUAUACAUUUCAGUCAGCUUUCACUUUAAUGGGACCAGCUUCAAUUUUAAGCUAGUUAUCUUGCCUAUCAUCUAAGUGUAUUUUAGAACUGAGUUCCAAUUAGUAGCUGUUUCUUUCUGCACAUCUUAGACCUGAGACAAAUUCAGCAUCAGCUCCUUUUUCACUGUUGGUUUAUGCCCCAUAGAGUUGUCCCUGGUGUGCAAACUCUGGGAAUUCUUCCACAUGGGAAUGUUGCUGGUAUUUUGGUAAGGCUAAGAGCUUGGGUCUCUCUCCCCUUUGCUACAGGCACUCCUUCUGCACUAGGGUGGGGUAAGAAAAUUAGUCCUGCAGUGACUUGUAACUAUGAAGUUCUCCACAGGCUAGGCUUCACAUUGGGUUUCACAUAAAUAAAAUCUUGGCUUGUCCAUGCUAAAGCAGCAGCUGCUUACAUUCAGUGCAUUUUUCACAACCUCACUAAGGAAAUGGGCAGUCUUACGUGUUCUUGUUACCCUUACAGUCAGCAGCAGCAGCACUUGUGCAGCUGACUGUUACCAGUAUGCCAAUCCUUCUGAAAACUUGCUGAGUUUAUUUUUUGGCCACACCAGCAAUGAACUAUAAAGCAAGCAUUAGUGUAGCUGCUGUAUGGCAGCCUUAUUUAGGCAUAAGAUAGUCCUAGACUUGAUUUAGCCUUCCACACCCUCCUGGCUGUGAAACAGUAGCACCAGCAAGAGUAAUAAAGGCAUUAAUUACUGAAGUGGCUUGAAUUUCAAGUGCAGUUCUCCUUUCAGGUUACUCUGAGACACACAAGCUGUUUAAUUUCCAAGAAGAAUCUUAACAGAGGGCUUCUCUUGAAAGAUUCUGGUAUUCUGCAUCAUGCUAGCUACUGCUACCCAUCCUUUAUUUUUAAGGCCAUUAGAAUGAGAUGCAGUUCACUGCAGUCAGGCUGCCAUUUUGAGAGCAUGGAAAUUCUUUAAAGGGUAACAAUGAAGUUGAUGUAUGAAACAAAAAUAAAUGA